GCCAUAAAUUUCUUAUUAUUCUGGUACAUGUGCUGCUACUGCUGCAUGUAAAAGAAAAAUUGAAAUAAAAUGGCUAAUCCAUUCGAGUAUAACGGGUCUGCUGUGGUGGGUAUGAUUGGCAGUGGGUGUGUGGCUAUAGCAGCUGACAGGAGACUGGGUAUUCAAGGACAAACCAUAGCAACAACGUUUGAUAAGAUAUACCCCAUGAAUGAGAGCCUCUACAUCGGGUUCUAUGGACUAGCUACUGAUGCUCUUACUGUUUCAAGUAGACUGAAGUAUCAACUCAAUUUAUACCAGCUGAGGGAGAAUCGUCAAAUUAAACCUAAAGCAUUCAUGCACAUGACAUCAAACCUUCUCUACUCAAAAAGGUUUGGUUAUUAUUUUGUUGAGCCAGUUAUUGCUGGCCUGGAUCCUGUAACUAAGGAUCCUUACAUAGCAACGAUGGAUCUGAUUGGUUGUCCAAUGGAAACUAAAGACUUUGUGGUGGUAGGAACAUGCAGCGAACAGCUCUAUGGAAUGUGCGAGUCGCUAUGGAAACCAGACCUGGAACCAGAGGACUUGUUUGAGACCAUAUCUCAAGCUCUGAUGAAUGCAGUGGACCGUGACGCCCUCAGCGGAUGGGGAGCCAUUGUACAUGUAAUUGAAAAGGAUAAAGUUACCACAAGAACAUUGAAAGCAAGAAUGGACUGAAGCCACACCCAGUGUUGCACUAUUAACUUAUUAAUAAUAAAUAACUGAAACUACAUUAAUUAAUUUUUAUUACUAAUAAUUAUUAUUGUUAGGUAAAAUAAGUGAAGAUUA